UGUAUAUUUUGAAUAGCGUACCCAUAGCCAAGAGCGUUUAAAAAUAAUAAAAUAUAGUUUCAUUCGAGUUCGAUCUUCCACUGUGUGUCGUCCACUUUUUCAUUGCUGCCAUACCAGCUUUAAAAGGAAUCAAUAAUGAGUCAAGAUUCGGAACUUUUGUAUCCCAGAAAUCUGGAACCAACCAAAGAUAUGGAAAUCCUACCAAUGUCUCAGAAGUCCGCGAUAACCGUUUCCGCGCCGAACGCCCCGAAAGCGGUUCCGUUGUUGCUGGGCCCAGACAACACAGUAACGAUAUGCCCGUUUUGUAGUUCCAACAUCAAGACUUCCGUGAAAUUUAGGAGCACAACAAGAACACACAUAACUGCCGCACUUUGUUGCCUGAUAUGUUGUUGCUGUUGCAUUCCGUAUUGCUUGGACUCCGCGAAAAAUACCGACCACUACUGCCCCAGUUGCAGUAACUAUAUCGGAACUUAUGAGAAGUAAUGUAAGAAGAUGACGUUCCUGCCGUCGGCCAUUAAUCUUAAAAUAUCAUUCACUUAGGAAAACUUUUUAAACUUUGUAAAAUCUAUUUUAAGUACACCACCGAAUGUGUGACCUUAAGUAAAAUAAUUAGCUUUGUUAUCACUUCAUACUUUGUAAUUCCUAUUUUUAGAGAUACUCUUAUUAAAUAACUUUGACAUUA